AGUGGAUUUAACUGUUAACAAAGCUCUCACAGCAACCGGACGCGUGCAGCGGACAGAAAUAAAACGGUGGAGAGAUCGAGACUCGGAAAGCGGAACCAUAAGCAACAUAGAAAAAAGCUAAGGCAAACAAAACUAAAGCAAAGCAAAGCAAAGCAAAGGCAAACGAAACAAAAACUAGAAAAGUAACAGAAAAUACAAAAUAAUUGCGUUGCAUUCGCGAGUGUAAAAUCGCAACGAAUCGGUUUUGAGUGAAUUUUUGUUGUAGUCCCCCGUGUGUCUCUUGCGCUGUUAUUUUUUUGUUGGUGUGGGUGUGUAGUGAGACGACUGCCAGAACUGUCCGUUAGAGUGCCGAAAAGAUGGACCAGGAGUUGAACGGGGCCAUGCGGAGCGUGUCUAUAAAUAGCAAUGGACUGGCGGCCACACCGCAUCUGAACGGCCACAGCAAAGACGAGCCGGACAAUGUGCGGCGGACGGCGGCGUCGGGGGGAGCAUUGAGUGCAUCUGCAUCGGCCGCCGCCAGCGCCAGCGUUAGCAAAGCGACAAAUGCAUCGACAGCCGCUGCAGCGGCCAGAGCAAUCCCAGCGGCGGCAUCGUCCGCAUCCACAGCCACAGAAGCAACAUCGUUGUCGGGUCUAGCCGGGGCCAGUGAGGCGGAGAAAAAGAAAAUGGUCUACGAGUUAUGUCAGCAGCUUCUGCUCACAGACGAGCAGGUGCAGGAGCUGUGCUACCGCAUCCUGCACGAGAUUCGCCGCGGCCUGGCCAAGGACACGCACCCGAAGGCGAAUGUCAAGUGCUUCGUGACCUACGUGCAGGACCUUCCCAAUGGGAACGAGCGCGGCAAGUUCCUAGCCCUUGACCUCGGCGGCACCAACUUCCGGGUGCUGCUGAUCCACCUGCAGGAAAACAACGACUUCCAGAUGGAGUCGCGCAUCUACGCGAUACCCCAGCACAUCAUGACCGGCUCGGGCACACAGCUAUUCGAUCACAUUGCCGAGUGCCUAUCCAACUUCAUGGCCGAGCACAACGUGUACGCGGAGCGACUGCCUCUCGGCUUCACCUUCUCGUUCCCGCUGCGCCAAUUAGGCCUCACCCGUGGCCUGCUGGAGACAUGGACCAAGGGCUUCAACUGCGCUGGAGUCGUGAACGAGGAUGUGGUGCAGCUGCUGAAGGACGCGAUUGCGCGGCGCGGCGACGUACAGAUCGACGUUUGCGCCAUCCUCAACGACACCACUGGCACCCUGAUGAGCUGCGCCUGGAAGAACCACAACUGCAAAAUCGGCCUUAUCGUCGGCACCGGCUCGAACGCCUGCUACGUGGAGCGGGUCGAGGAGGCAGAGCUCUUCGAUGUCGAGGGCAACCGCAAGCCCCAUGUGCUCAUCAACACCGAGUGGGGCGCAUUCGGCGACAAUGGCGCCCUCGACUUUGUUCGCACCGAGUUCGAUCAGGAUAUCGACAGCCAUAGCAUUAAUCCCGGCAAGCAAACCUUCGAGAAGAUGAUCUCCGGCAUGUACAUGGGCGAGCUGGUGCGCCUUGUUCUUGUCAAAAUGACGCACGCCGGCAUCUUGUUCAAGGGCCAGGACUCCGAGGUGCUCAACACGCGCGGCCUCUUCUUCACCAAGUACGUGAGCGAGAUCGAGGCGGACGAGCCUGGAACCUUCACCAACUGCCGCCUGGUGCUCGAGGAGCUGGGCCUGACCAAUGCCACCGACGGUGACUGUGCCAACGUGCGCUACAUCUGCGAGUGCGUCUCGAAGCGAGCCGCUCAUCUCGUCUCUGCCGGCAUUGCAACGCUGAUCAAUAAGAUGGACGAGCCCUUUGUGACGGUGGGCGUUGACGGCAGUGUGUACCGUUUCCAUCCCAAGUUCCAUAAUCUGAUGGUCGAGAAGAUCACGAAGCUGAUCAAGCCCGGCAUCACCUUUGACCUCAUGCUCUCGGAGGAUGGCUCCGGACGUGGGGCAGCGCUCGUAGCGGCCGUCGCCUGCCGUGAGGACAUACUCAACAGCAAGUAGACGAGACACCGGAGAAAGCGAGAGAGAGAAAGAGAGAGAAAGAGCAGCGGUCUAUGCUCCCCAAACUGCUGCUUCCGCCGGCAUCAUUGGCAUCCCAGACGUGUCCGGGUCGCCACAUAACAAGUACAGAACAACAACAACAACAAGAGCCAACAGCAAUUUCCGAUUUGCAAAUGAGAAAAUAGUUUCCUUCGUUGCCCGACACAGGGCGCCCUGGGGUUGGGCUCUGGCCCGCCACUGCCGCCACGUGUCGGCCCCAUCCCCCCCAUGACCCAGGGCUGCGGUGCGCGCUUCUUUAGUAUUUUUAAUUAGGCGAAAAGAAAAGAGAAGAAAAGUUCGGGUUUUAAGCAAAAAAAAAACCGGAAAAAAAACAUAAAC